GUGGCGCUGCCUCUGAGUGAUGUUGAUCUGGUGAAAGGUGGUCAUUGGUGGAAGGCCCUGGUACCUAGUUCUCAGAAUGAGGUAGAGCUGGGAGAGCUGCUGUUAUCACUCAACUACCUGCCCUCUGCUGGAAGACUCAACGUUGACAUCAUCAGAGCAAAGCAGCUGCUGCAGACAGACAUGUGCCAGGGAUCAGACCCGUUUGUGAAGGUUCAGCUGGUAACAGGGCUGAAGUUGGUAAAGACCAAGAAGACUUCCUGUAUGAAAGGAACCAUCGACCCCUUCUACAACGAGUCGUUCAGCUUCAGAGUCCCCCACGAAGACCUCAGCGAAGUCAGCCUGGUAUUUACAGUGUACGGCCACAACAUGAAGAGCAGUAAUGAUUUUGUGGGGAGGAUCGUGAUUGGCCAGUUCUCCACGGGUCCCCCUGAGAACUCCCACUGGCGCCACCUGUUGGCCAGUCAAAGAACUCCGGUUGAACAGUGGCACAGCCUGCGCUCACGGGCAGAGUGUGACCGCGUCUCCCCUGCAUCGCUGGAGGUCACAUGAUAGAGCUGGAGAGGGAUCAGGAGUUAGAGGUUAAGGGUCAGAGGUCAGGAGGAGAGGUAUAAGCUCAAAGUGUUGAGGUACACAGUAGGAAAGAGGAAGAGGAAAGGGGGUCAGGAUUUAGAGGUUAGAGGUCAGGGAGGUGAGAAAAGGGGGUGAGAGGAUGAGAGAGAGAGAGACAGGGAGAGGGACACAGAGAGAGAAGAGAGAGGGACACAGAGAGAAAAG